AUGAAGCCAGUCAUUGUGUGGAUUUUUUCGCUGGUCAUCUCAGUGUCGUCUCAGGUCUUCCACUGGGGUCCAUGUCCGACACCGACAGUCCAGCCGAACUUUGACCUGAACAAGUACCUGGGGAAGUGGUAUGAAAUCGAGAAACUUCCAGCAACCUAUGAGAAAGGCACAUGCAUCGAAACCACCUACUCCCUCAGACCUGACAAGACCAUCAGAGUUGUUUAUGUUCGGACACGUAAGGGAAAAGUGAGGACCACCGAGGGAACAGCCAUCAUCCAGAACCAGAGAGAAGCAGCUAAACUCGGAGUCAGUUUCUCAUACUUUACUCCGUACAGCCCAUACUGGAUCUUAUCCACUGAUUAUGACUCUGUGGCACUGCUGUACUCCUGCACCGACUUUCUCCGGAUCUUCCACGUGGACUCCGCCUGGAUUCUGUCCCGCAGCCGCUCUCUCCCACCCGAGACCGUCUACCAUGCCAAGGAGCUCUUCUCUCGGGAAAACAUCGACGUCAGUAGAAUGAUUCCUACCGAUCAGCAUGGCUGUGAGGGCGGGGCUUAA